UUUUUUUUUUAAUUUUAUUUUUAGUUUUUUGUUUACUUUGGUUUCUGAAUGGCAACGCUUGCAAAGGCAGUGGCGCCGUUCUGGGCAGAGGCCGCCGGGUCGCGGUCGCACACAGAGGGCUUGCCAGCAUUGGACGACACGCAGUGCGACAGCGAGCGCUUCCUCGAGUGGCAGAAGACCCACUUUGGCGACGGGAAGGGCGGUGCCCCGUCCGCUCAGGGCUCGAACGGCACGGUGCUGGUCGGCCCAAAGACGCUCGACCAGGUUGCGGUUGUCUCGCAAAUCCAGCUCAGCACAGGCGGCUAUGAGGGCCUUCUCCGCACAGCCAAGGGCUACACGCUAAACCGAGUCGAGGCGAGCGCAGUCAGCAACCCGUGGUACCGCCGCUGGUUUGGCCUCGGCCCGGCUCCGUUGGCAGUGACAAACGCACUCUUCCCGCAGACUGCAAACCUCAGCUUGCUGCCGCCUGUGGGCCAGGGCCUGGCAGAGGCACUCGUCAAGCUCGACGAGACACAAGUGCACCGCACGUUCAAGUUUGGCGUGCUGUACCGCGCCGAGGGCCAAACAACAGAAGAGGAAAUGUUCAACAACGACAAUGGCUCGCCAGCGUACGACGAGUUCCUCGGCUUGCUGGGCGACCGCAUCACACUGAACGGCUGGAAGCGCUUCCGCGGCGAUCUCGAUGUUAAGACAGACACCACUGGUCGCGAGUCGGUGUUUACCGAGUGGCGAGGCUACCAGAUCAUGUUCCAUGUUGCGACGCUGCUCCCAAAGAUGAAGAACGACCGACAGCAAGUCGAGCGCAAGCGACACUUGGGCAACGACAUUGUGAUUAUUGUCUUCCAGGACACCAAGCAGCCCUACUCGUCCGACACUGUUGUCUCGCACCAAAACCACGUUGUCGUUGUGGUCUCCCCCGAGAACGACCAAUUCUACCACGUUGAGGUGCUCGCCAAGAACGGCGUCACGCCCUUCCGUCCCGAGCUGCCCAGCACCUUCCUCAUUCCACGCUCUGCUGCCUCCAAGGACUACUUGCUCAACAAGCUUGUCAACGGCGAGCGCGCAAGCUACGGUGCCGAAGGCUUUGAGUCGCGCGUCCAACGCGUGCGCGAGUCGCUCAUCAAAAACCUCGUAACGAGCUUUCUAGCUUAAGCCGCCUUCUGAAUCAGGUUGCGUUAAGCUUUUUUUUCUUCUCGUUGUGGUUUGCAAACAAAAAACAAAAAGAGAUGGAUUAGAGAUUGUGCUUUCUUUUGGCACGUUUCUUCGUUCUGGUCGCUUUCACUUGUAUUUCAAAUUGCUGGUGCUUUUUCUCCCGCGUCUCCUCCUUUUUGAUUGGUUUUUUUCCUGUCUUGGUGCUUAUCGAUUAUUGAAAGAUUUCGACAUUAUGCCACGCAGCUGAAGGGGUGGGUGGGAGCUUGAAAAGAACUGGAACUGGAUUUCCUGCGUCUUGUUCGGCUUCUUCCACCUCAACGCGUUUGCUGUGGUUGCUGGCAUGGUAGUCCCAUGCCUUUUGUGUGUUUGUGUGUGUUUGUGUGUGUGUGUGUGUGUGUGUGUGUGUGUGUGU